AGCGCACCAGAGAAAAUUAAUUUUGUGGUUCCAUGUGGCAAAAGAUCCCUAAACCAUAGGAGCUUUCUUUUGCCUGAAGAAUGGUACAAACCGUUGCUAAAAGUUGCUGCCAUACGCAGCAAUGUAAAUCGCAAGCAUCAGUUGUUUUCGUGAUGUGAAGCUAAUCCCUUGUUUCCUCGUUUUCUCAUCCGUCCUCGCACGUAGCAAUGUGCUGUACUGUUGCUAGCGAACAGAUGAUCACAAAUCUACUACGAGUGCACACGGUGUGAUGGAAAUUCGAUCAGCAGCUUGGUUGCAGCAGUGCCAGCUAGUAGCAUAAUUGUCCGAAUCGCGUAGAACCAAAGGGCUAAAGUUGUGAAACACUAAAAACGAGCACGGAAAGCAAAGUAUGCUUUCAGCUACAAAUGUGGCAAGGGACCGAAGAAAAAAUUCUGCAUAAGUCGCCGUCGUCGGACAAGCUAGUGCUACCUCACCACCAGUUGGAUGGAUUUCCGUGUGGUGUGUUCAGGAAAGUGCGAACAAAAUGAGAAACAUUCUAUCGAGUGUUUACUUUUCCACGGGAAUUCUGCAUGCCUGUAGUGCGAUACCGAUCCCUUACAAGUAUACUGGUCAACACGAUGUAGUGCUCAUAGGAAUGCUCGCCUGUCUCGGUCUAGGGUCCUUCAUAAUGGGAGUGUGCAUUUUCUGUAAAAAGAAAAGUGGGAAGUUCAAGAAAUUCAAAGAUGGAGAUAUUAUACAAGAAGUCAUUUCUACAGAGUAUCCCAUACUCAAGGCUUUGAAUGUACUGGACUCGUCAGUACCUUGUGCUGUCAUUCCGUCAAGUCCUAAUAAUCUUUCCACCGAUAACCUGCUAGACAAAAUAGAAACUUAUCAAAUCGACGUGGAUCAUCGUCAUGAUUCAUAUUGCACUCGAAGGAGCGACCCGCUGACCUGCACCUAUGAUGAAUUCGAUCCGAACGAUGAAUCCGACGACAGGACUGAAAGAACGGCCACGACGGCAACGGUGGAACCGCCGAUCAGUGAAGAACCGUUGCUGUUCUCCGAUGUGUUCGACGAAUCGAUGGAACGGAGUGAGAAAUGCGCGCUAAGCACGAUUCCUAUGCAGCUUCCCACGUCGUCGGGGGAAGAGGAUGAUGAAGUUCUGGUAGCGCCACGGUCCGACGCCGAGGACGAAGACGAGCGGCGUCCGUUGGUCAGUGACGAGAGUAUCGACGAAGCUGCCGCGACUACCGCCACGACGAUCACGGUGACGGCCACAAUGGCACAGUCGGCCGAUGCUAUCAGUAUUGAGGAAGCCCUGCGUGCCUUGGAUAUUGCGAUCGAGGGCGAAGAGGACGAGGAGGACGACGACGAGGAAGAAGGUCAAGCGACCCCUCUCAACGUCGAUACCGACGGUUCUUCGGGAUCACCGUCUAUCUACUCCGAACCUCCGGCGGACAAUGCCCUAACGCGGGAAGAUGUUGAACAACAAGCGGCCGAGUUAGUGGACGACGUGCUGUACAAGUGCCAGUACAUGCUGCAGAUGAUGGAUGCCAAUGGAAGCAACCUGUCGCCGCUGGAGGCGGAAGAGUUUUCACCCACAAACUCCCGGGGGAACAUAUUCGACGGUUGGGGCAAUUACGAGCUAGACGAAAAUGGUACCUUCGCCGCGGUUGGCGAAGAGAACGACAACGACGACUGGUGGAAAGGAUCUCUGGAGCCGUUUGAUGAUGAGGAGGGUUCGUGGAAUCGUGCUGGCAACGAUCCAUUCGAGAAUGACCAAGCGUACGAUCUACUGCGCCAACAGUUGUCCCAACUGCUACCCCAAGCUAAUGAUUGCGCCGGUGGAGCUAUUGGGAUCAACAACGAUGAUCAGGCGCAGGGUAGUCCGAAACUAUCUGAUAACGGUGGCCUGAGUGGGUUCGAGCGGGCCGACCGAGAAACGGAAGAGAACGAAAUCAUCAUCAACUACAAUCGAUCGUUAUCACCGAUCAUGGAAGAGAACGAGGACGAAUACAGUCUGCCACCGUCCAUCAGCGUGGCGCACUGUUCCAAUUUUGUCGAAAGUACGAUCAUUAGCACUGAGGGUCCUGUGGUAUGCGAGGCGACCGAAUCCGUGCCUGCUCUUGCCAAAAGAAGCUCUCUAACGGCGUCAAACGACACGCUGUUCAAUCUGGAGGACGUGCUCGAGGAUCGCUGUAUGACACCACAGGAAUCCGAUACAUUCCCGGCGGGCAACAGCGCUUCACCCCGGACCCUGUCCGAGAGCAACAACCAGGGGCUAGAAAAAUUAUACACUACCUUCUCAGCAUCACGACUCAUGCCGCUCGCAUCGGUAGCGGUCACUUCUGCUACUCCUCCCCUGCCUCCUCCUCCCGCAUCCAUCGUUUCCCCGCUGGGCAUCGGCGUGAGCAUGGACGACCAUUUCCUUCAUCAUCAUCACCAUCAAAAGCAUCACCAGCAGCAGCCACAUCAGCAGCAGCACCAUGUUCUGCUGUCCUCCCUCUGCCUGGAAGACUUACGCACCGGUGAUAUUAUGGAGUGUCCGUCACCGUCGCCGCCACCGCUACCGGCUGCCAUCGUAGGACUAAACGGGGGCGCUGGCGGAAGCGGAGCGGGCACCAACAGCGGGCUACUCAUGGGCGAAACGAUGCAAGAUCUUCCCUCAUCGGCUUAGGAACCGAACCGACCUAGUUGAAUCGUUUCGUUGGUGUCGUGUACCCCGGUUUCUGUGUAUUUUUCUUUUCUACUGUAGAUCUGAGGUAGUCAACAAGUGUAGUGUAAUGAAUCGAAUGAAACAAUUUUCAUUCCCUGGAGCGCCCUACACGCGGUUAACCAUUUUUCCUGUGUAUCCCAUUUUUCCUUUCAUAACGAGGAACUGUGCAGACCUUAGGCCUUUCGUAGGCAAACAUAACUAAAUGAGGGGUUUGUCCAUCAAUGUAACUGUACGUGCGCGCGUCUGUUAGUAGAUUUCCCAUAUGGGUAUUGUUAUUGAUAACGCAUCACAUCGAUCUAUUACUAUUCUUUAUUUUAAAUUCCCUUUGGAACAUCGGUUUCACUUCUUCGGAACGUACGUUUAUACUUUCUUUUGAUCGUGUUUUUGUUGUUGUAGAAAAGUGAGUAACAAAGUAAGAAGUGUUUUGAUUUUCGUUUAGAAAUUGUUGGCUAUCGACAUGUGGCUGUGGUAUGGAUUUUCAACCCGAGCAAAACGCGUAAAACGGGAUCUCCUGCCUCGGGACGGCAACGGAAUAGGGGGGUUGAUUUUACUCACGUGUGUCAGGACUCAGUUAUAACAUUCGGUUACUUAUUUAAAGUAGUGUCAAUUCUCCCGUGCGACCGAAGAGCAUAACCACUUACGUAUGUAUAUGAUAUGCAAUAAGCAAACACUUACCGUGCACAGAUUUCUCCAUUUGUUAUUUACUGCAUUAAUGCAUCAACCACCCCCACCUUCAUACCCCCCGGGUGGUGCUGAUUCGUUCCAUUUUAGUAUUUUCUUUCUUUUCCCUAAUUUUCUUUCUCACUAGAGUGGAGGAGCGGUUUGCUAAAUGGGAAUCGGUCCAAAUCUAUCGAAUGUAUCACCCUUUUCCUGCGUAGGUACCGAAAGAAAAUUGCCUGUAAGAAAAUAGAAAAUGUGACAAAAUAGAUUGCCUAAGAUUUGUAAACUAUUAAAGUAAUAAUUGAUAAACGAACUAUACGCUACUGGUGGGUGCUUAUUUCGAUGUGUGGCUUUCAACACAUUCAACAGAUAUGUUGUAUUGAGAAAUAUUGUUAAAGUGAUUGAUACUUUUGGUGACAAUGCAUGUGUAUAGUUUAGUAAAUUA